AUGGAAGAGUUGGUGAUGAGAUUAGAGAAGAGUUUGUACCCUUUUCUAUGGUUGUUGCACAUUGAUAUUGCGGGAGACAUGCCUACAACUUUGCCAGAGGGUUUUAAAGAGAGGACAAAAGAUCAUGGAGUGAUUGUGAAAUGGGUGCCUCAAGUGAAAUUUCUGUCUCAUCCUUCCAUAGGAUGGUUCCUCGGCCAUUGCGGGUGGAACUCCCAUUUGGAGAGGAUGAGCCUGGGAGUUCCCAUGCUUGGAUGGCCCUAUUAUGCUGGUCAGUUUUUGGAUUGCCGCUUCUAUAAGGAUGUGUGGAAUAUUGGCAUUGACUUGGAAGGCAUGGACGUUGAUGAAAAUCUAGUGAUCAAAAGGGAGGAGAUUGAGAAAGGCGUGAUGAGAUUGAUGGAGGGUGCCCAAGUGGAGGAGCUUUGA